AACCUCGCCUCCCCCUCCUCGGCCAUGUGAUCCCCACACGUCACUGCUUUCGAUGGGUUCGGUUCACACCGCCGCGGAAGAAGCAAGGCAUCAGAUGAGUGGCGAUGGGCGUGCAUGCAGUAGGCGCUACAGCGCAGGACGAGCCCAAGCCCUCGCACCCAUGUCGAUUGCGGCCUCGAUCGGGAUAUUUUAGCGCCUCGGGUGCGGCGAUUUAGAGGAGAACUAGAUUUGCAGUGGAUCUCGUCGUCUCCUUGACCACGAUAAUAGAUUUCCGCAUCAAACGGUCUGCUGACUCGAAACCCAGCUUUGGCAUCUUGUCGUCUCCUUGGCACCGCAAUCCGCGCUUCCCUCUCUGUCUCUGCCCGCCAUCAUACUAUAAGCCGACAGAUCUGCCCCCUGGUUUUGCUCUCUAAAGCUACUCCCUCUCUCUCUCUCUCCCCCGGAAGCUGGUUCGUUUUGCAGCAGGUGUGGGUUGCUGAGAAGUGACGCAGAUUUGCAGAGGAUGGCGAGCCAUCUCCUCCGCCAGCCUCGUUGGGUGCUGGUUGCAGUGGCGCCUGCCUUGUUGUUUUUGUCGUUGGUUGUGCCCUUUUCGGCGGCGAAGCUGACCACUGGGUACUACCGGAAGUCCUGCCCCAGGGUGGAGCAGAUCGUGUCGGACGUGGUGACCAACAAGCAGAUCAGCAGCCCCACCACGGCCGCUGGCGCGCUUCGGCUCUUCUUCCAUGACUGCUUCGUGGGCGGCUGCGACGCAUCCGUGCUCGUCUCCACCAAUGCUUUCAACCGCGCGGAGCGGGACGCGGACAUCAACCUGUCGCUCCCGGGGGACGCCUUCGACGCCGUGGUCCGCGCGAAGACGGCCCUGGAGCUGCAGUGCCCCGGCACCGUCUCCUGCGCCGACAUCCUAGCGCUGGCCACCCGCGACCUGGUGUCCAUGCUCGGCGGGCCCUUCUACGCCGUGCCGCUGGGCCGCAAGGACGGCCUCGCCUCCCACGCCGCCUCCGUCGAGGGCAACCUCCCCCGUCCUAACAUGACCAUGGACGCCAUGAUCGCCCUCUUCGCCGCAAAGGGCUUCACCGAGCAGGAGAUGGUCGCCCUCGCCGGCGCCCACACGGUGGGCUUCUCCCACUGCAAGGAGUUCGCGGCGCGGAUCUUCCGGUACAAGGCCGGCGAGCCGAGCGCGUUCGACCCGUCCAUGGACCCGCGCUUCGCGCAGGCGCUGCAGAAGGCCUGCUCCAAGUACCUCAAGGACGACACCAUCGCCACCUUCAAUGACGUCAUGACGCCGGGGAAGUUCGACAACAUGUACUACCUGAACCUGAAGAGGGGGCUGGGGCUGCUGGCCUCCGACCACGCGCUGGUGGCGGACCGGAGGACGAAGCCCCUGGUCGACCUCUACGCCGCGAACCAGUCGGCCUUCUUCCGGGACUUCAGCCGCGCGAUGCUGAAGCUCGGCCUGGUCGGGGUGAAGACCGGAAGGAAAGGGGAGGUCCGCCGGAGGUGCCGCGACUUCAACAACCUCUCCACCUGAACCAAGAUUUCCACAACGAGAUUGCUGUUGCCAUAGCUUCCACUAUUAUCUGUCUCAAACAGUGGGUAGAGUUAGAUUGGUCAGGAAAGCAGGGGAGGGGAUCCAACCGAGGCUUCUCCUUCAUGCUUUCUCUAUAGAUCGAUCACUUGAUACAUAUAAGCCGAGGAGGGGUUUGCAUUUCGUUGAUUUGGAGCUCUCCUCGAUCGGAUUUGCCCGUUUUUCCUAUGUAGCGGUGAUUUGAUAGCAGCUGAACGAAACUUGGCCCUUUUUUCUUA